AUGGCGGAUCAGGCCCGUACGUCAACCGAUGGCCAGCAGGCGCCAAUCGACCAGCCCCAAGACGCCGUACAGAUGACGGCGAUCGACAAUGGCGCCGACAAGGCGGUGUCGUCAAACCCAGACAACGAGCAGAAGACGCCCUCGGUGCCCGCCAAGGACAACGUCCCAGCCGCAGCAGAGUCCUCCAGAGCCGCCGCGACGGCGACCGACGGCGACUCAUCACGACAGCAAAGCAAGGAGAAGGACGAGGACUCUGCACCGCCACAGCCCGCACAGAAGGACAGGACAGACUCGCUCUCGAUAGGGCCCUCGGACGCGCCGCCCGCCGCCUCGAACCCGGCCGACGGCCCCGUGUGCAACAUCACCCUACUCCUGCCGACGGGGGCGCGGCACCCGUACAAGAUCGACGAGAAGUACCUGACGAAGCGCAACGUCGAGGUGCCGGAGCUGACCGAGGAGGGCAAGAAGGACCCCUUCAGCAUCAGCGUGUACAAGCUGAAAGAGCUGAUCCUGCGGGAGUGGCGCGAGGAGUGGGACGGCAAGCCCGCCAGCCCGAGCAGCAUACGGCUGAUCCACUUUGGCAAGCUGCUCGAGGAUAAGGAGUUGUUGAAGAAGUAUCAAUUCAGUGCGGAGGCGCCCAAUGUUGUCCACAUGUCCGUCAAGCCGGCCGAGAUGCUGGAAGAGGACGAGGCUGCUAAGGGCAAGAGCAGCGGCAGGGAAGGCCGGAAUCGGGAUGGCGGAUCGGGCUGCUGUGUGAUCCUAUAG